CGACGAUCGUCAGUGGCUUGCUCACUUGAGCUUACGCCACGAAGGACGCAGAAGGAUGAAGUUUGUCGUCACGUGCGAGUGGUGCAACGAAGAGAACGAGCUCAAGGCCUCGCUCUGUGCGCACUGCGGUGAAGAGAUGCCGUCGGCAGAAGAGCGACUCGACCAGCUCCACAUGUCUGCCGCGGACGCCGCCGCCAUCACGAAGCUCCACGACGACAACGCAGCGCUUGCGGCAGAAGUCGCUAAGCUCGAGGGGGAGAUCGCUGCGUUGAAACGAGUGUCAGACAUUGGCGGUGGCGCGUUGAACGACCCCGGUUUCAAAGCCGCGCACCAGCAACUCGAAGCCAAGUACGAAAAGCUGUUCAACGAGCUCGAAGAAGAGCGGAAGAAGCUCGAGCAAGACCGGGCGAACGUGCUCACUCUCCAGUCGACGCCGUACCUUGAUGCCAACGCGGUCGACAUCGUGGACGAACAGCCGUUGUGGCGUGGCGAGCUCUUCAUCUUGCACAAGGUCACCCUCAAGAACCGUGUCAACGGCAAGGUCGUGACGUUGGUGCGCAAGAGCCUUGACCCGUCCGUCGUCGAGGUCCUUCGCCGCAAAGGCGAGCUCGAAAAUACGCUCGAGAAGGUCAAGCGCUCGUUUGCGAUUUUGCGCCGGCUGGACGGUGGGCGCGACUCGCUCAUCAAGGUCGUCGGCGCUUCGGGGCUCGACUACACGAGCGAGAACCCCGUGAUUUACAUGCCGUACAUGCCUCGUGGCAGCCUCCGCCAUCUGUUGGAGAAGACGCCUGCCGUGGAUGCCAUGCCGUGGCCGACGCGCCUCGACGUGGCGUUCACGAUCGCCCGCGGCCUCUACGAGCUCCACGCGAUCGACCGCAUCCACCGCGACGUCAACACGUUCCACGUGCUCGUGCAUGACCUCCACCGCGUCGUGCUCACGGGCUUUAGCCACGUGCGCCAGCCGUCGCUCGGUACCAUGACGGGCAACGUUGGCGACGUGCGCUGGGCCGCCCCAGAGACGAUGCAGAGAGAGCACGCCCGCUACUCGGAGAAGGCCGACAUCUUCUCGUUCGGGAAGGUCCUCGAGGAGCUGGCGACGCACGCGCUUCCGUACUCGUCCUUUCUCCAUGGCGACAAGGUCAUCUCGGAGCACUCGCUGGAGCAGCGUCUCGCCAACGUCACGCUCGACGACCCGAUCUUGCAGCACAACCUCGACCCCUCGACGCCGGCGUACUACGCGGCGAUCGUCCAGCAGUGCCUCGCGCUCGAGCCGUCGUCACGCCCGACGAUCCUCACCAUUCUCGACGCGCUGCGCCGCGAAGUCGAACAGUACCUCUUCCCGAUGCAGCCGCCGGUGACCGAGCCGAUGCACGUCCAGGUCGAGGUGCAGCGAGCCAAGGGCCUCCGCGGGACAGGUACGCGCCACAUGGAGGUGCAGUGCCACGUGAGCCUCGGUCGCGAUCAAUCACGCACGGAAUUCUCCGAGGAGCGCGGGAGCAGCCCGACGUGGCACCACCUCAUGGACUUCCGACCGCAAGAGCCAGAAGUCAUGACGCUCGAGGCGCGCGUGUACCAACGACUGGACAACCAGAUCGAUCAAAUCGGUAUCUGCACCGUGCCCCUCCAGACGCAUCUGCCACACGGAGACGAGCUGACCGACGACGACUGGGUCGUCGAGCUCGAAGCGCCGUUGUUCAAGAACGGUGCUCGCCGUGGCGAGCUCUUCCUCAAGGUGACGUUCGCGGGCGAGGGUCGACUCCGGUGGCGCAACCAGUACUUUGACCGCGUUAAGUACAUUGACAACUCGAUCAAGAACGAACGCGAUCCGGUGCGUGCGGCCCAAGCAAUGGUCAUCCGCGAAAUGUACGCGUCAUUGCCUUCCAACAGUCGAGACGAGUAGCUCUAGACACUUCAACUAGUAGUCGUAUAUAGUAAUAGUACCUGUACAGACUUGUUGGCAUCGGCGCGUAGUAGCCGCGUGGCAACUGAUAGCAAAGCUCGUG